AUGCAGUAUGUGGAGGAUAAUGUACCGACCAGUCUUGCGCCAACGGUGACUGCUACGACCCACCUGUUCAAAGUCCCCACUGUUAUGAGGACUCUGGUCUCGAUCGCGAUUGUGGAUACAGAUUGCGACUCCUGGAAUCAGGGACCAAGGUGGAGCGCGCAUGAAGUGACAGUGACCCAGCAACUCAAGCUUCCAGAAAUGAACGCCGCCUUCGCCAACCAGCACACAUCUCUCUUUGGCGGUCUUAACUCGAUCCGUGAGAAAGAUACGCCUUUGCCGUGUGUUUCGAGAAAGCGACUAGAAGGCGGGGCGUCCGCUGGCGAUGAAUGGGCCUGGCGCAAGAAUCGAUUGUACAUGGGCUUUGAUCAAGAGUCGGCCAUGGCCUGCCGAAACAAAUUCAGCUUCCUGUUCGGUGGUAGGCAAGAGACGCCUAGCAAGGCGGAGACUCUCGGCGCCCAGUCGGAGGGACAGCCAUUUCUACGUUCGGUGACGAGCACGAUAUCAACUGAGAAAGUCGAUCGAGGCUCGCUCACUCUGCAAGGCUUGCGCAUGCUUUUCUUCAUGUUCACCGACGAAAUGAUUCGCUUGUCGUACAAUUCGGCGUUCGGCUCGACAUAG